AUGGGUUGCCGUACCUCUGUAGAAGCCAGACGUGGAAAUGAAGAAGAAAACGCAGAGGAUGUAAAUAAGGAUAAACCCACUCUAUCUAUUAUAGAUUAUUCAAGAAAACCACAAUCUCAACAAGAAAAAGAAGAAGAAGAAGGAAUAGCAAUAACAAAGGCCGGUGUAGAGACGCACUAUCAUGAACACAGAAGUCAAUCCCCUUCAGGCACAGCAGCAGCAAAGGAAUACACUACAAUCGUCGCAGCAAAGGCAAAUACAAUGAAUGAACAGAAACAAGGAAAAAAUACAUCAACGUCUAUAAAGGCAAAAGUAAACUUUGCAGUUUCUCAUGCGGAAUUAUUGGGUCGUUGUUGGGAUUCACGUAGUGCGGAACACCAAUCUAUUUCAUUUAUGUACACUGUAACAAAUAACUUUCAUGAAGUUUUAACGAAUCGUAGUUUUGGUCGUAUUUCUCCACAUGCUGAAAAUAAUUUCGCGGCUUCUGUAGCCACAGCAGUAAUGCCUAAUAAUAAUAAUAAUAAUAAUAAUAAUAAUAAUAAUAAUAAUAUAAAUGUAAAUGGAGUAAGAUCUCCCACUGUUGGGAUCUCUUCUCCGGAUAUGGCUACCGCCCCAUCUGUGGUUUCCUUUGAAGGACGAAAUAGACAAACACAUGCGGGUAAACAAACACGACAUGUUCGUUCGCAUUGGGUAUCUCUUAUUAGUAUGUCUCAACUAGCCGCAGCAGCCGCCGCUAAACGAAAAGGAGGAGGUGGUAAUGAUAAUAAUAAUAAUAAUAAUAAUAAUAAUAAUAAUAAUAAUAAUAAUAAUGAACAUAAACGUAUAGAUGGUCGUAAUGGUGGUAUACAUCAUCAUCAUCAUCAUCAUCAUGGUCAGAAAUUAAAAAAUGAUUCUAUUAUUUCGAAUCAGGCUGAACCGAAUCUUAAUAGAGAAACGAGUAGUAAAUGUAAUAGUGAUAUGGAAUUAGCAACACAGCAGUAUACACAAGAUUUAAUUGCCGCUGGGGCAAAAGAUGUGUUUGCUUUUCAUGUAUCUGAAGAAACCUCUGUUGCGAAGAAUACAUCAUUUCUACGAAAACAAGGAAUGGAUGUUGCCUUUGGUGUAGAUGUACGCCGAUGGGAUCGAGUGGAAUAUUUUUGUCCAAAUAUUCAUUCCGUCGCUCUCGCCGUUGUAAGAGCUCAACCUAUUUCAGUGAAUUCCUCCUUUUCAGGCGUAUUAAGUUCUUCCUUUAAUGCCACACGAAAUGAGAAAUCCAUGUCCCCAUCUUUUAAUGCCAAUCAUAAUCACAAUGUUGGCUCUGGUAAUAAUCAUAAUCAUAGUCAUAAUGGUAGUAGUGUAUACCCGGGGGUUAGCAAUCUUACAAACUAUCAUAUUACGGUAGAAUCCCCUACGGCUCAUCACACGGAGAGUUUCUUCUCCUCACCUGGACGUUCGUUACUAUUAACACAUAGUCAACCCUCUCCUGCACCUACACUAACAAAAACAACAACACCAACAUCACCACCACCAACAACAACAAGAUUUGUAGAUGAAUCAUCCUUGCGGUUCCCAGAAAGUAGUAUUUUCUGUCACUGUUUAGUUCUUCCUACUCAUCGUAUACAAGAAAUGCAAGGUUUACAGGAACUUUUAUCAUCUCCAAUCAAUUCACGGGUGGCAUCUACACAAGAUGUGGUGAAUUACUUUGAUAGUCAUAUUGGAGGCGUUGAUGCACAAUUAACUCGUAAACCUUCUAUUUCUGCUAUCCCUACAGGUGAAAUCCAUUCAGCAGGAAAUGUACAUAAAACACAGGUGGUGGAGGUUGGACGUAAAUCGCAACCGCUGGAUUCUUGUGUAGCCCUUACGACUGCGAAAACGAAUACUCCUGCUGCUGGUGGUGGUUCUUUUUCUCAUCCUCCUGCGGCUUCAGGGAUGAAUCCAUCUUCAUCUUUGCCUUUAUUCACCUCUUCAUUACAUCUGAAACCUUCAUGUGUUGCCUCUACAGAGUUUGCACAACCCAAGACUGUGGUGUCUGGUAUUAUUGUUAGUAGCUUUGAUGUCUCUAUUAAUCCAUUUGAGUGGAAGGAGAGGAGAUAUCACCGUACGGCGGUGAACCAUAGAGAUUCUAAACUAUCUGUUCGUCAACGGUAUGGAGAAGGUGUGGUGACAAGUGUCAUGUAUGGUGGUGUUUGUGUUGUGGAGUGUUCUUCAUUAGAUGCGGCACGAGAGUUGGAACGGGCAUUAUGUGGAAUGAAGUGGAGUACAGCUAAAACAAGUAAGGCAUUAGUCUCAGGAAUGAAAAAGGUUUUCCGUGAUGUUGGAAACUCUAAUCAUAAUCAUAAUAAUCAUAAUAAUAGCAGCGAACGGAAUAAGAAUAAUGGAAAUAUCAAUUCUAGUACAUGUACGACCUUUUCUCCUACUGAACCUCACACACCAACGUGUCCUUUCCCACCCGUUUCCUACCGUGUGGUGUCUUGUGUAGGUGGGAUGGAUAUAGCUGUGGCUGCGGCUACUUCAGUAGAUACCGUGGGAUCUAAACAACGGAAUGAAUCCUCGGUUCAGGAAACAUUAAGUAAUAAUUCUUUAGGUGGAACACCAAUCACUCCGUGGCUUGAUUUAAAUCAUAUGGCCACUGUUGUACACUUGUGGUCCCUACACUUGUUAUCUAAUUUACAAUCUAGUGCACCCAUUGCUGUCCAUGUACAGAGGUUUCCUGGUAUUAUCCCUGCAUUGCGGUUAAUCUCCAGAGCAGAUCAUCUCCUAGAUCCUACGGCUUCUGAUGAUGAUGAAGAUGAUGAAGAAGAAGAAGAAGAGGAAGAAGAAGUAGUAUUCGAUACAGACUUGUGGCCUCAAGGUGAAAAUAAUCGAUAUACAUCUUUAAUGGCAAGAGAUGAGACGAGUCCUGGUCUUGGUGCUUCUGUAUCUGAUAUUGUAAUGGCAUUAGCCACACCGGGAGAAUAUGGCCGUCAACGGCGGUCUUUACGAUUAGCGGGAAAAGCCUCUUCUAGUUUCUGUGGAAGUCUGUUAAGUUCAGCAGAGACGAGUACAUUAGCGUAUGGGAGUCCUGUUCCGCGUGUACUCCACACAGGCCGGGCAUUUACACGUUCAGCGGAGUGGGAAUGGCCCGCAUCUAAUCCGGAUUGGCGUAGUUCCCUGAUGACAAACUCAUCCGACUCGGAAUUGUUUGAGGGAACAGGAAAUGGAAUGAAAGGAAUGGAUUCACAACAACAACGAGAAAGACGUCAACGUCGAAAGAAUGGGGAUCUCUCAACAGGACGAAUGGAAGAUGAUAGUGUGGAUAGGAUGAGAAGUAAAAAAGGAAAAGGCGUAAAAGGUGGUGAUGGUGAUGAUAGUAUGGGUUCACUACUACAGUUGAAUCUACCGAUAAGUAUAUCUGAAAAACUCAAUGGAAAAAAGAAUAAACCAAUAAAGAAGAAUAACAAUAAUAAUAAUGAUAAUAAUGAUAAUAGUAAUAAGAAUGGUGAUAAUAUAAAUGAUAAUCUUCCAUCAUCGCCUCUCGCUACGGCAACUUCCCAUACCACGGCAACGGCAACCACAGUCUCUCCAGCGACUAUAGGUAUAUCCUUUCCACAUUCCGUAGAUGAAGUGAUGGUGUGGGAGCGAACCAUGUUGGAAGUACGUGCAUUAGAGAAUGAACUGCAAGAUAUACGAAAUGCCCGUCGAGAUGCCGAUGAUGAAUUAUUACAUCUUAGUGGUAUUUUACAUCACUUACAACGGGCAUUUCUACCAAAUUCCAUUCUUGGAAUGUUAGAACCACUCUGUACAUAUGUACAAACAGCCAUAGAGGAACCAUUUGAAUUACCAGAAAGAUGUGGACGAUUUGAUAAUCCUGAUUGGUUACCGUGUGUAGCUGCCGUUCUCACACAUCCACGAUGUGCUUUACGGGGUUUAAUGAUUACAUAUCCCAUGCAACUCCCAUCUAUUCCACAACUUGGCGUUCUUGCGGGAUUAUUUUAUUAUCCACAAGCUAUGCGGCAUUUAAGUCAAGUGAAAAUACAAUGUGGAGGUUUAUUUGGUCAAGGUCUGGAAGUAGUGAAAAUGGAACAACAAAGAGAAACAAGACGAGAAUGGCAACUUAUCAUUCAUCUUUUAAAGAAACUACGGAAAAAGAAAGUAAUGGAUGAGAAGAGAAAACAUGAACAAGAGGAUGUCCUGCAGCAAAUUGCAUUAAGAAGAGAAAUGUAUAGAAGUCAUAAUUAUGCUCAUCAUUAUGGUUCUAUGGUUUUUCUUACACCUCCACAAGUGAAUGCCUUAUUUUUAAUACUUGUAGAAGCCGUUUUACACAAUGCACGGGAAACAUGUUUGGUAUUAGAAUUAAAAGGCUUUCCUCCUUCUUCUUUUCAGCAACGACAACAACAACAACAACAACAACAAAUAGAUCCAUCUGGAAAGAAUAAUCAAGAAAUCUUUCGUUUCCUUGCCAAUCCUCAUAAUCCAGGUGUGUUAGAUACCUCCUCUACAGGUGAGAUAAAGUUACUUCCAUGGAAUACAUUAGAGACGCUCUCUUUAAGUGGUGUGGGAUGUGAAGUUCAACGGGCCCUUCAAGAGGCCGAACGUCGUCCAUAUUGUAUGAUGCUGCGACACCGUCAACAUACCGCAAACUGCUUUACCCAAACACGAUGGAUUGCACACAAUACUUAUACUAAUAAUAGUAAUAAUAGUAAUACUAAUAAUAAUAGUAAUAGUAUUGGAAAUAUGGAUGGGGAUUCAUCUGGAAGAGGAGGAAUAGGAGGGAAAGAAAGUGACGUAGGGAUAAUGAUGACAUCAAAUACAACCAUAAAUACUACAGAAACAUAUAGUAAAGAAUCACAAUGGGUGUAUGGGCUUCGAUCACUACAUUUAGAGGAUACUGUACAUCUCUUAAUGGAAAGGCAACUCAGGUUAGUAGCACCGUAUAUGCUUAAUUCCAUACAGAAUCUUGUUAAAGAGCACAAUGGUAAUAUAAAUUGUAAAGAUAGCAAUGUGUCUGGGAAGUGUGAGAUUAUAUUUGUGGGAUAA